AAGCAUAAGGGCAUUUCAGCCUUUAUAGUACCAAAGAAUAUUAAAGGAUUUUCAUUAGGCAAAAAAGAAGACAAACUCGGUAUACGUGCGUCGUCCACGUGCCAAUUAAUUUUCGAAGACUGUGUUAUACCAAAAGAAAAUUUAUUGGGAGAUCCUGGAUAUGGGUUUAAAAUUGCUAUGCAGUCGCUCGACGCUGGUCGAAUAGGCGUUGCUGGACAGGCUUUAGGAAUUGCUCAGGCAUCUUUAGAGGUUGCAUGUGAAUAUGCCCAGAAAAGAAAUGCAUUUGGAAAGCCAAUAUCAAAAUUACAAGCAAUACAGCAAAAACUAGCGGAUAUGGCACUUCGUGUGGAAGCAGCUCGAUUGCUUACUUGGCGAGCUGCUUGGUUAAAGGAUAAUAAAAAAUCAUUUAGUAAAGAAGCGGCUAUGGCUAAGUUAGCUGCAUCUGAAGCAGCUACCUAUUGUUCUCAUCAAUGUAUACAAGUUUUAGGUGGUAUGGGUUAUGUUACAGACAUGCCCGCUGAACGUCAUUAUCGCGAUGCACGAAUAACUGAAAUUUAUGAGGGAACAUCUGAAAUACAAAGAUUAGUUAUUGCUGGUGCUGUACUAAAGGAAAUGGAGACAAACUAAAUUGUAUGACAACACAAUAAAUUAAUCACACUAUAUACACAAAACUAUUGAUCCUUACAUUUUUGAUAUGUUCGUUUUUAUAUAAUAAAUAUUAUGAAUGCAUAUAAAAUUAUGUGUAAUUGCUUAUUAAAUGCUCAGGGUUACCGUAGAAUCUAUAGAAUUCUCAAAUAAAUAAUU